AUGAACGAAUACAGGGUCUCUGCGGUGGUGCUGUCUCUGCCCGGCCCCCCUCUUCCUCUCGGGGAGCGGGGGCUAGGGGGCCUGGCCCCUUCCUCCUCACGUCUGAUCCCAGGCGCCAGCCUCGCGCUCCAGGGCGUGGGGUGUCUGCUGGGCAGGGCCUGGGGGGCCGCGCCCAGCCCCCCUGAGCUGCCUGCCCCCCAGAUCGUGUACUUCACCGCUACAUUCCCCUACGUGGUCCUCGUGGUGCUGCUGGUGCGUGGAGUGCUGCUGCCCGGCGCCCUGGACGGCAUCGUCUACUAUCUCAAGCCCGACUGGUCGAAGCUGGGGUCCCCUCAGGUGUGGAUAGACGCUGGGACCCAGAUCUUCUUUUUAGAACCAUUGCGGGGUUCUGCUACCACAGUGGUGUUUCGCGAACACGGCAGUGCCCGCCUCGGCAAAGCCAACAAGCAGCUAGGAAAAUCCAAAAGGACCUCGGCAAAGCGGCGUCGGGGCAGUGCGAGAGAGGCUGGUGCCAGCAGUGAUGCCGAUGGCUGGCAGCCUCCUGGACAGCUGCGCUGGCACAUCCUGGUGAAGCAGAUGACGCUGCAUCCCGGAAUGACCGAAGCUCGCUGCCAGCCCAACUACAGGGCAUCGGAUGAUGCCGACGUGCAGUGGCAGAAGACAUGUGGCGGACAGCCAGAGAAUGUAGCGAAGGGUGUGGAGUGGGGACUGGAGGCCGACAAACCUCCAGUGAGCAACUACCACACUAAACAGCUGGGCCGAAGCAGCAGGUUGAGCGAGGCGGACUCAUCUUGUGCGGGACUUGCCCAGGCCACUGGCUUCCUCUGUGCCGCCUCAGGAGCCAGCGGCAAGCACAGCCUCGGAGUGGCGGGUGCGGGCAACGGCCAGAGCAAGUGGCGGAGCCCCCGGGUCGCCUUCGAGUCUGCAUGGUCAAGCCUGCCUGGCACAACACCAGCCUUCUUUCUGGGCGAUGAUGCGACGCCUGCUCUUCAUCACCCUGGCCCUGUGGCCUGCGACCGCCCUGUGGCUGUCCGCUGCCCUGGCUACGCCCUGCUCGUCACCAGGCCGCGCCUGCAGAUGCGCCAGUGGCUGCGUGCUCUCGCUCACCCUCACCACGCUCAUGUUCCUGCCGCCCUUCUGCCAGCCCACGAGAUCAAGCGCUUCUGCGACACGCCCGCUGUGGUCUGCUGGCCUGCUCACACGUGUGCCGACGAGGUCGCCGUCUUCCUCGUCUGUCUGCUCCCCCUCCUGCUGACCCUGCUGUCCUACGGCUGCGUCGUCGCCGCCUUCUCCACCUGUGCCGGGCACCUGUUGCUCUACAGUCUGAGGAACAAGGAAGUCAAGGGCGCCCUGCAGAGACUGCCGGACGCCACAAGCAGCUGUGGCGGCAGCCAGAUGCCAGCUGGCCCGGCCACCCCCCACUCAAACACGCCUCUGGAGCUAACGGACAGAGGGGAGGGCAAGAACCGCUGCUUCCGAGGCUCUUUGCUUCCUGGCACGCCCAGUGCGAAUGCCCGGAAAGCAUGGUGCCGACGGAGGGCCGCUGUCGACUGCCGGGAGCUGACAGGCCAGCGACUUCGGGUGCCCUUCCUGUCUCCGCUGGACGCGGAGGUGGCCUGCUGGUUCCUGGCCCCGGAGGUCCAGCCGCCCGCGCAGCUCGUCCGCAAGGAGCUCAGCGUGGACGGCAGCGACCUGGUGGUCGGCCCCAGAGACGCCGGGAGGGUCGGCGGAGGGCCCCUGCGGCCCCGCUCACUCCGCGGCGGCCAGUGCCAGGCAGGUGGCCGGAAUGGGAAGGGACAGCGGGCCCUGGGGCGCCUGGCCAGGGAGCCCGGCUGGGCCACGCCUGGGCCCGUGCGGAGGCCCGACGCCCUGGCCGCAGGCGGCUCACCGGGGCCGCCGCUGCCCGCAGAGGGCCCUUGUCCCUCAGACCGGUGA